AUGAUGGCAUUCACACGUCGAUCUCUCUUUAUUCCGCUCAGUCUUAUUGGCUUCGCGUGGUCCCAAGGCGCGCAGGAUGAUCCAAUUAAGGCCUUUUGUCGACGAUGGGGCCACUCAACAGCACGCAUCGAUUCUAGGUUGUAUAUCGAUGGUGGCAUGGUUGGCAAUAUUCCCUUCAAGUCAAAUUACUCAAACGACUUUUUGUUGUUCAGCGAUCUCACCGCCCAGGGUGGUGAUGGCAUGCCACCUCAGUCAAAUAAUCUCACAAAGCCUAAGAACGUACCAAGUGUCUCUGGCGGCUACAUAUGGGCUGACAACACGAACAAAUGCUUCUACCAAUUUGGAGGCGAGUAUGCCGAUGAGCCUCCAACCGACUUCAGCAUGUGGACGUAUGACGUCCUACUGGAUCAAUGGAACAGCACCGCUACCAAUGGCGAGAAAUCGCCCCAACGUGUCUCGUUUGGCGCAGGUACGCAGGUAGAGGACCGUGGUUUUGGAUUCUAUUUUGGAGGCUGGCUGAACAACAAUACAACUCCAGACUGGGAGGGUCCAUCACUCGCUACUAGUGGCCUAAUGCGUUUUGACUUCUCCACUGGCGAACUAAAGAAUAUCAGUGGACCUGACGAUAGCGGGAGAGCGGAGGGCCACUUGACUUACUUGCCAGUAUCAGAUGCAGGUAUUCUCAUGUAUUUCGGUGGCAUUGAAGACCACCAUCGCAAUGGGAGCUCUACUCCUGAAAUUCAUAUCUACGAUCUUGCUUCUUCGAAGUGGUACACGCAGACGGCAUCAGGCGAUGUACCUCUGACAAGAAGACAAUUCUGCGCCGAUGUGUCUUGGCCUAAUGACAAAUCUUCUUUCAACAUUUAUAUGUACGGAGGGUACGGAUUUGGCGCACUUGCCGCGUUCGAUGACGUGUAUAUCUUGAGUGUCCCGUCAUUCAAAUGGAUAAAGGCCUUCCCGGAAGGCAACGUCCCUGAGACUGCUGUAGGCCAUGGCGGAUGCACUGCCAACGUGAUCAACGGUGAUCAGAUGAUAAUCAUGGGGGGCUGGUUUCCAACAUAUGACCAAUGCGAUGCCCCUGACAGCCAAGGUCAACACAACAUGGUAUUGGGUUACAAUGGAGGCGAAACAAAGCUGUGGGACAAAUUUGACCCGAGUCUUUCCGGAUAUGUUGUUCCUACGCCUAUCAUGUCUGCUGUUGGUGGCGGACCAACAGGAGGAGCGACUGUCACAGCACCUGCAACGUGGGGCCACCCUGAUUUAGCUACCUAUUACACGUUGAGGCCUACAUUUCCCGCACGAACGGCUACUCGGCUGGUACCAUCUGCUGCUGCGUCUUCAACAUCGAGUGAUUCGGAUAGGAGUAACAUUGCCGCCAUCGCGGGAGGCACGGUGGGAGGCCUAUUCGGAGCCAUAGCGAUAAUAUCACUGAUAAUCUUCUGUCUACAUCGCCGCAAGAAAGCACCGAAAAACGACGUAGCAGAUCAGCAUCCACCAACUCCACCGCCUGCCGAGCUUGCGGCCACGGCUUUCCCACAUGAGAUAUCAACAUCAACUGCUGGCAAGUAUGUUGCCAUGCAUGAAAGGUCACCAAACUCUGGCGCUACCCAGAUCUGCUCACAAUCCGCUAGCUAUGAACCUUAUGCCAACCAGCAUCCUCCAUCUUAUGGCCUCCCAUCAUCGUCUGCAGAUACGAAUCUCGCCCAGCCAGUUGCAUCCACGCAACACAGUCCACACCAGCAAGACGGCAGCGAGCAGUUUCAUGCCCCGAACAACCGUACAGCUCAGAAUAUCUCGCCUACAUGGGACCAGCAAGGCACCAUCUCUGUGGCCUCGGCGCGCCAGCAUUCGUAUCCUACACCAACCUCGCCUGGCCGAGCCUCGCUCGACCUCCCCAUACAGCGCCCUCCACUGACCUACUAUCCUCCGCCAGAAUCUUACGAAGACCGAACUGUGGCGCAGAGGCAAUAUAGUGAAGGAUUACAGCGACAGUCACCCAAUACAAGCACGAGCACUACACCGGCACAAUUCUAUUCACUGCCGGCCCUCCGUCCGCAAAAUGAAUCCCACGGAACAGGCAGCCAAACGCCAACUGGAAGGAAUACAGAGUCGAGAUUUGUGGAGGCUGAGUAUAUUUGA